GCCGAACGUCAUCUUCUGUUCCUUUCGAAAUUCGCAGCUGAACGUGUUCUGUGAUUCCCGGCGCGAGACCUGCCACUUGGACGUGCCUCGGGCACCAGGAAUAGAACUCGACAAAUAUGUCCGAGCCCUAUCAAUUUAUGAACCAAUGUUCUAAUUGCCACGACGUGCCCAAGUGAUUUACAUCGUCUUGGUGCCAGGACUUGCGGUCAGCGUCCUUCCUCUCUCUCUUCCCCCCCUCCAUCAUCCCCGUUUCCCUCCCUCAUGAGUUCACCACCGUCGUCACGAUUUGUGUCGCCGUCUAAUGAUUCCAUCGCUGCCAGCGCAAGCGAUGCCGACGACCGGCAGAUGGGUAUAUCCCCUACUGCGACACAUCUUGGUGACGAGGAGCUCGAUAAACGAAUUUCUGACCAAGAUGACGACCUUGACGCUGAAAAGCAGAAAGUACAAGCUCAACUUCAGUUCCCUGAGGGCUCAUUCCGCGGCUGGGCAACAGUAUGUGGAGGAGCUUUCGUCGGGAUGUGCACGUUUGGGAAUGUCCAGAGUUUUGGGGUGUAUCAGGACUAUUAUACAAGAACCUCUUUAUCCGAACAUUCCGCUUCACAAAUAAGUUGGAUCGGUUCCGUGCAACUCUGUUUAUUAUUCUCCCUUGGUCUGCUAUCGGGUAAACUAUUCGAUCAAGGAUACUUUCAUCACCUCAUGUUGGGUGGAAGCCUUCUGUUCCUAUUUUCCUCGUUCAUGUUAUCUUUGACGCAACCCCACCAAUUCUAUCAAACUUUGUUGUCGCAAGGAUUUGGCAUGGGGCUCGGAAUGGGCUGCAUGUUCAUACCUUCGAUGAGUGUGUUAUCACACUAUUUCCGGGUGAGGAGAGCCGUGGCGAUGGGAUUCGUGGUAUCAGGUGGCGCUUUGGGCGCCAUUAUUUACCCAAUUCUACUGAACAAGGUGUUUGACAAGACUGGCCUUGGAUUCCCUUGGGCAGUUCGUUUCAUAGCUUUCAUAGACCUCUUCCUUUUGACGCUUGCAAACCUACUAAUGCGGCCGAGACUCCCACCACGGAAACGCGCCCCCAUCGAUAUGGAUAAGAUUUUAUACGAUUUCCCGUACUGGUUAACUGUGGUUGGGAUAACACUAGGGUUCUGGGGACUCUUCAUCCCCUUCUUUUACCUGCAAGUGUUUGCGGAGCUUCACGGAGUCGAUACUAGUUUCCUGACAUGGACGAUCCCCAUCCUGAAUGCUGGAUCGCUCUUCGGGCGAUUCAUUCCAAACCUCCUGGCCGACAAGUACGGCCCAUUCACAGUUAUCAUACCAAGUGGUUUCAUAACGGGAAGCCUGGUGUGGGCUUUGCUCGGGGUACAUUCUAUUGCGGGCAUGGCGGUGUUUGGCGUGCUGUACGGAUUCUUCUCCGGGGCUUUCUUAACUGUGGCGACGCCAGCUGUUGCGUCGUUCACUCGCAGCCCUACUUUGGAUGAUAUAGGACUCCGGAUAGGCAUUUCCUGCUUCUUCAUCGGGCUCGGCCUUUUAACGGGAAAUCCCAUCGCUGGAGCACUGCUGAAAUCCCCAGAGUAUAUAUGGUGGCGACCCCUGCUGUUUGCUUGCGUCGUGAUCAUCUCCGGCACGAUAUGCCUUGCGGUCGCGAGACAGUAUUUGGUUCAACGCAAGGGUGGAAUGAAAUUUGUGUAAGAUGUUAUGUAUCGAUACGAGAGAGAGAAUA